AUGCCUUCUCUAGAAGAUAUCUAUCGAGCAAGAGGAAUGAGACAAUCAGAUUCUGGACUUUACACUAUCACAAACACUCCCUGGAUAGCCCAAAACACACAGGAAAAAGCUAUCACCUUCUCAAGUACCAGCGCAAAAAUCGAGGCAUUUUCCAUCUUUGCAUCCUGGAAUAUUCAUGGAGAAUUAAAACAUGCGGAACAAUUUGCUGGUGUCACUAGCGAAGAUGUCUAUCAGCGACUUGAUCAGUAUAAUAUUCUUUGGAAUCAACUAUUGGAAUGUUAUAGACUUUCUCAAUUGCUUAUCGCACCCAAGUUUGCGAAUAAGAUUAUUGAUACGAUGAUUGAGGCGAUUAGAGAGGAAUGUUCGUGGCAGACUAGACGUAGGAAACUAGAAGACGAAGAUGAACAGUUUGCGAUUGAGAGUCUGGGAAGCGAAGAAUAUCAAGCAUUGAUGAAACGAUUAGAUGAGGUUAGUUUGGUAACAGGCGAUAAUGUAUUCAAUCAAACUCAAAACGGAGCAGAAACUUUAAAUCAACUACCCCGCGCUAUUAUUCAUCCAGAUUCCCGUCACGUUUUAGGAGCCACGCCAUUACAAAUCACCAAACUAUACGCAGAUACAAACCCUGGUGCACUAUUACGUCGAAUGAUCGUCGAUAUGAUAAUAUCCUACUCGAUCCGCUUUCCAAAAUACUACGGAAAGAAUGACGGCUUUGGAGAACUACUCGGUGGUUCUGAUCCCAGCACCGAGGGUAAAUUUUGUGUACCAAUAGACUUUGUCCAGAAUUUAUUAACUGCGUAUGCGAAAGCUAAGGGGGGGAAAAAUGAUAGGUGGAUGGAUGAAAAUAGUUGUAAAUAUCAUGAUCAUAAAUAUGGUGGGACGGCUGCUUGUAUCAGGGCUCGUGAGAGGGCGAAUGAUAAUGCUACUUCGAUUGCUGAGGCGGCUGUUAAUGCUCUUGAGGAUACGGGGGAGAUUGAUGUUGUCACGGCGAAUGUUUAG